AAAAGGGACAUCUGUCCUGGUGCACUGUCAAUAACAGUAACCAAGGCCAUCAUGAAAAAAAAUUAAAAAAUUAAAAGAAGAAAAAAUCGCAAAAUGUGUCAAAAUACAAUGCGGCGAUCAACACCUGUCACUGUGAACUUUUAUAGGACUCGCAAACUGGUUCGAAAUUGGUUAGAAUUGAUCACUGCGUGGCUAAGAAUACACUUACAGUCCUUAUUACGUAGUAUAUCCCAUGAUUAUUUUUACUGCUCUGGAAGCCUUUCUUUCGAGCCCCAGUUGAAGUGGCAAACCAUGUCUAAAACAGAAGACAUGACUGAAGACCGAGAAAAAAAAAUCAAGAUCAACAGUUCGAGCGAUGAGUUAAUGGAUAAAGGACAGAUUGAACGUAAAGGUGAUGUGAAAGUGUCUCUCGGCUCUUCAAAGAAGCGACGUCAUCAGAGGACAUCUGCAUGGAAAGGCGAAUUUGUCAAGAAAACAAUGUCGAGAAAGCGUCAAAGGGAAGAGGAUUUGAAUUCUAACGCAACUCCUCAUACUAGUGCUACACCACCUCUUCAAAUGUCAAUAUUUAAGGCAGCUCCAUUUAGUGAUGAUUUGGAGGCCGUUGCAGAGAGAAAACGUUGUGAUUAUUCACUCAGAAUCUCUUAUAAAAUGGCAAAAUCAGGAAAAGUGACUCGUCCAAUUCGGGUAUAUGCAGAUGGGAUUUAUGAUUUAUUCCAUCAAGGACAUGCCAGACAAUUAAUGCAAGCUAAAAAUGUAUUUCCUAAUGUAUACUUGAUUGUUGGAGUUUGCAAUGAUUCUCUCACGCACAGCAAAAAGGGAAGAACUGUGAUGACGGAAUUAGAACGUUAUGAAGGUGUUCGACACUGUCGCUAUGUGGAUGAAGUUGUUCGAGAUGCACCUUGGGAGCUUGAUGAUGACUUUCUUGAAAAACACAAGAUUGAUUUUGUUGCACAUGAUGAAAUACCAUACAUGACUGAAGAUGGAACUGAUGUAUAUGCAAGACUUAAAGCUAAGGGAAUGUUUGUGGCAACUGAACGAACAGAGGGAGUGUCUACAUCAGACAUAGUAGCAAGAAUUGUUCGGGAUUAUGAUAUCUAUGUGCGAAGAAAUCUUGCCAGAGGAUAUAGUGCAAAGGAUUUGAAUGUGUCUUUCCUGAAUGAGAAGAAAUUCCGCCUACAAAAUAAAAUGGAUGAACUGAAAGAUAAAGGAAAGCGAGUAAUGGAAAAUAUUGGUGAAAAAAAAGUAGAUAUGAUACAGAAGUGGGAAGAAAAGUCACGGGAUUUUAUUGACGCUUUUCUUCUCUUAUUUGGACGUGAAGGUCGGCUGUCACAUAUUUGGAAUGAGGGAAAAGGGCGUCUUAUGCAAGCUCUGUCUCCACCAGCCAGUCCUCAUAGAGAUGGUAGUCCAACGUCUAGUACAAGUAAUCAUGACGGUGAUGAUUUAGCAAGCCCACCACCACCAAAGGCUGGACGUUUUGAAUUUUCUCCUGUUUCAUCAAAAAGAAAUAUGCAGUGUACAAGCAGUACGGCUGAAGAAUAUUCAGACGAUGAAGAUGAUGAGCGACAGUCAAAGUGAAGUUCCUCCAUGCUACGGAACAUGAGUUGUGAGAACAUCGGCUUUUUGCAAUUGCAAGUGCUACAGAAGAAUGAUCUCCAACUCUAAAAUGAAUACAUAGCAAUGUCUGAUAUAGAGCUCAAUUACAUAAAGGUCACACACAAAAAGAAAUCAUAUUUUUAUCUCAAUUCUUUUCAUGUAAACUGAUAAACGUCGUAAGUGCUGGAUGCUUCGUUUUUGUGUUGCAAGCGACUGAUUAUUUGUAAUGUUUGGUGACUGGUGGCAGAAUAAUGUGAACAUUUAAUGUUUGAGUUGUGAAAUAUGGAAGUUGAUUAGUGCAGUACAGUAACUGAACAUGAUAGAAACAAGAUCAUUAGAAAAAUGGGUAAAGAAUUUACUGCACAAAAUAUGGGUAAUUUUUAUUUGAAGAAUUAUGGAACUUUGGUAAAGGUAGGUGAGAUUGUUUUGUAAAUGACGUGAUUUUUGCUUGUUUGACUUUUACUUUUGGUAAAAACGAAAUAAUGAAGACUCAGUCUUAAUAAAACAUAGACUUUAGGAGUAGACAUUCCAAAUAUAUAUUGUUAUGUAUAGUAAACAUUUUCUGUGAGACUUCUGCUUCUGGCUUUGACAUUUAAUAUUGACAAGGAAUUUUCUUACAGUACUGAUGGAUUUUCAAUACAUAUUCAUAAAUGUAUAUUUGGGCAACACAGUGAUGCAAUAUACUAUAUCAUAUUAUGUUUCUUUGUUAAAUUUAACAGAUGUACAGAUGUUAACAUUUUCUUAAUCUAAUAUGAAAUGUUAAAGCAAAUCAACCAUGCCACUUGUUUCAGAUUGUUGUAUCUUCAUUUAGUUUCUUUUUUUCUUGAUUAGGAAAAUAGUCAAUCCCCUUUAACAGAAGCACUUUAAAGUUAAUGAAGGAUAUACUAUUGUUAUUUAUUACUUCGAGAGAUUUAAUUUGUGAAGCUCAGUUCAUAUGUUCAGAUUUAUGCAAUAGACUUGUGAUUAUCUGAGUCCUGGUAAACUGAGGAAGUCAUCAUGAAAAUUACAUCGAAAAGCAGAACAUGGAAGUGUAUAAAUUAUCUACUGUAGUUAUAAAAUACGUGAGUACUUAGUCAUGCCAUCACCAAUUGGAUUCUCUUCUCAAACUUUGUUUGUCUUUACCAUUCAGUUCUAGUUGUCUCUUUGUGACUGCAGUAAGUUUGUUUAUUCAUUUAUAUGGUGUACUGUAAUUUAUUUAUUUAUUUUUUUGCAUCUCAACAGGCAAUUGCCCAACAUUACAGGUUUAUAUAAUAUUUAUAAUUUGAUACUAAAAAUAACAAAUAUAUAAAAAUUAAUUUUGUUAUUUGUUUUGAUUUUUUAAAUAAACUGUGGAUCAUACAAGGAUUUUUGAAUCCAAGGUCCUCAGAUAAUUGCAAGUCUUGUGUCCAUUUUGAUUUCAAAGGUUUUUUUUUUAAUGAAGUGCAAGGCAUCGAAAUUAAUCAACUUGCAAGGGAAGAAGAGAGUUUUUGUUUUAAUUGUGAAAUAUGUUAAUGUGGUGUGCAUACAAAUUUUGUAUAGAUUUUUAAUAAUUUAAAAAACAUGGAAUUUUUUGCACUGAAAAUAGAAUAUUAGAAAAUCAUAUCAUUCAUCAGUAAUAAGCUGAUUCAUGAGUUAUUGGUGCAGUAGCAACAAUUUGAGUUACUAUGAUUAAAAAAUUCUUGAUUAAAGAAGCAUAUUCAUUAUUCAAUAACACUGGCCUGAGAGCAUUUUGCAGAGUGAUAUUGUACAGGUGAUUAAGCCUAAUUUUGAUGUGCUGAAUUAAAAUCUCCAAACCAUUUUUAUAUCCUUUUUUCCAAUGUAGACUGAAAUUUUUCUAUUUCAUAGAAAUUGCUAAUUUGUUACUUUGCUGCCUAUGCUUUUAAAUGCUUGGAAUAAUGUAGGGCUUAACCAAAUCAGCCAAUUCUUAACUUUUGAAAGCUAAUUGUAAACUGUAAAAAACUAAAUAUGCUGUAGGAAAAUAUUUUUUUUUGUUCUGUUUGUUGAAAAUAAAUUUUGCAUUUUGUGCAAAGUGUCCGUCCACUGUUAUUUUUGUCAAUGGUAAAUAUCAGGGUUCAAUAAUAAUAAUAAUAAUAAUUAUAAU